AUGUUUGUCGGAGUAAAUCAUCACAAGCAGUCGAUAAUAUUUGGUGCAGCACUAUUAUAUGAUGAAACUAUACCAACAUUUAGGUGGUUGUUUGACACUUUUGUCAAAGCUAUGUCCGGGAAGAAACCAAAAAGCAUUUUCACUGAUCAAGAUGCAGCAAUGGCUAGUGCAUUAGCGUCACAAUGGCCAGAAACAUGUCAUCGGUUAUGUAUUUGGCAUAUAUAUCAAAAUGCGGCUACGCAUUUAAGCCAUGUUUUUGAGAAGUUUGAAAACUUUGCCAAAGAAUUUAGCAACUGUGUAUAUGAUCACGAAGAGGAAGCAGAAUUUAUAGAUGCUUGGAAUAAGAUGCUUGCGAAAUAUAAUCUCCAAGAAAAUGAUUGGCUGAAACGACUAUUUGAGCUAAAAGAAAAAUGGGCGCUAGUGUAUGGGAGACAUACCUUCAGUGCAGAGAUUACCACCACCCAACGCAGUGAAAGCUUGAACAGUGUUAUAAAGAGGCAUGUUAGCUACAAAUAUGAUUUAUUGCGUUUUUUUCGGCGUUUUGAAAAACUGGUUGAAGAUCGACGUUAUGAAGAGUUGAAAUCAGACUUUCAAGCAAGUCAAAGCUUCCCUGCAAUGUCAUUCCCAGUAGAGAUCCUCAAACAUACAGCAAAAGUUUAUACUCCACAAAUAUUUAAAUUGUUUCAAAUACAGUUGUGCAGGGCUCAUGAUUGUGCAGUCAUGGAUUUUGGAACUACUGGGAUUGUAAAAAAAUAUGGGGUUAUACCAAAUGGGAAAAAAUAUCAUCGCACAAUCAUUUUUGAUUCAUUAAGUAACAAUCUUUCAUGUAGUUGUAGAAGGUUUGAGUUUGCAGGUUUCUUGUGUUCACAUGCUCUAAAAGUUCUCUUUAUUCAUAAUAUAAAGAGUAUUCCUACUCAAUACAUCUUAAAGAGGUGGACCAAAGAUGUAAAGUCUGGGUGUACCAAUAUUCACUCGCAAUCUACAAGUGCAGAUGAUCCCAAAGUCGCGAUAGCUAGACGUUAUAGAGAGUUACGUCGACUACGUAUUCAACUAGCGACAAGGGCAUCGACUACUGAUAAAGCAUAUGAAAUAGCUAUAGCAGGACUAAACAAAACACUAGCCGAGGUUGAUGCAAGUUUGAGAGGUCUUAUACCCUUCAGGAAGCUUCACAAACUGAAUCCGUUGUUGAUUGUGUAUCUCAACAACAUGUUGUUUUUCCUGCUAAUGAUGAUAAUCUCAAGGUGA